UUGUUGAAUUCGGAAGAUUCAAUCCCAAUUCCCGGGCAGUGCGCGCGUGUGUGUGUGUGUGGGUUGUGAUAAACGAUUUUUGAUUUGGCGUCUAAUUACCCACACCUCUUAUCCGAGCGGUCGAUCAACUUGGGGGCUCGUUAUCCGGUUGCGCUCAGCAUGAUAUCAUCAACGAUGGAUUUAAUUCUAGCGGCGCUGGUCGUACUGAUCAUUUCGUACACGAUAAGAUACGUGCUGCAUCGUCCAUCGGCAAGAUUUCCACCUGGACCACCGAGGUUUCCACUGCUCGGCAGCUACCCAUUCCUGCUGGCGCUCAACUACAACCAUCUGCAUCGAGCCGCGGCCAUGCUAACCAAACUUUACAAAACCAAACUCGUCGGAUUGUAUCUCGGGCCACAUCCGGCGAUCGUGGUGAACGAUCACGACACCGUACGCGAGGUACUGCAGCGCAGUGAGUUCGACGGGCGACCGGACCUCUUUCUCGCCCGAUUGCGCGACGAACAGUACGCACGACGAGGCAUCUUCUUCACCGAUGGAGACAGUUGGCGGGAGCAGCGAAAGUUUUUCCUCAAAACGCUCCACGAGUACGGGUUCGGUAGGCGCAGUGAUGCUGUGGAGCAGGACUUGCAAACCGGUCUGCAGGAACUGAUCGCACUGCUCAAGGACGGACCGCAGCACGAACACGAACGCACCGUUGUGGACGGUACGACCGGAAAUGCUCGCUGUCCACAGCUAUUCUUUGCCCUGUACUCUAACGUGCUGUUGCGCAUGCUGACCGCAACCCGCUUGGAGCGGGAAGAUCAAGCGAUUCUGUUCGAGGUGGGCAAAAGUUCGCUUGCUUUCCAUCGGCAGGGCGACGAUUACGGACUGGCGUUAAGCUACAUCCCCUGGAUACGGCAUGUGCUGCCGAGAUACAGUCGCUAUCGUUUGCUGCGGCAGGUAAAUCAGCAGGCGAACGGCGUUAUACGGGCGCUGGUGGAAAAGUGUGAACAAUCGUACAAUGAGGAUGACAUCCGGUGCUUUAUCGAUGCGUACAUACGGGAAAUGCGCCGUACGGGCGGCAAGCCGACGAGUGGCAGCGAUGCAUUUGGGUUUGAAUAUGAUCAACUUAUCAUCGGUUGUGCUGAUUUCCUCGUCCCGGCCUUUUCUGCCAUACCGGCCAAACUGGGACUGAUACUGGAACGACUCGUGGCCCAUCCUUCCGUGCUGGAACAAAUGCACGCCGAGAUCGAACAGCACGUGGGUUCAGCGAGGCUUCCCCUGCUGGACGAUCGUACCCAUCUGCCGUACUGUGAGGCCGUCCUGCGAGAAGCCCUGCGGAUCGAUACACUCGUACCGUCGGGUAUUCCACACGUGGCCACCACCGAUACGGAGCUUGCCGGGUACCAAAUUCCCCAGGGCACACUGAUCAUCAACGGGUUGGAUUACGUCAAUCAUCAGGUGGAUGUGUUCCCGGAACCGUACACCUUCCGACCGGAACGGAUCCUCAACGGCGAAGGGAAGCUGUCCCUGGAUCAGGAUCGUUCCGUACCGUUCGGUGCGGGUAAGCGCGUGUGUGCCGGUGAAAGUUUCGCACGCAAUGCGCUAUUCCUCACGAUCACAACGCUCGUCCAGCAGUUCACCUUCACCGUGGAACACACCCCGGAUCCUGGUCAACAUUUGACCGGUGUGAUCCGUACAGCGCCAGAUUUUAACAUUAAGUUUACGGCUCGUUAGAAGGGCCGGGAGUGUUUUACUUGCUUUAUUUUCAUAUGUGCACCUAAUGUUUUAACCCUCAAACUCACAAGCACAUAAGAACAGACGACUUUGCAGACGUACGGUGUACGACGAUUUCGUGUGCACGUUUACCGGUAAUCGGUAGUUUGAUAGUUUGUAAAUGGCAAAUACUCGCGCAAUGCAAAUAAAAUGUGUCUGUAUCAUAAGUUACAUUGGCCGGACCGGCUGUAGCACUUGAUUGAGCUUGUACUUGUAACCGCGUUCCGAUAUCAAAGACAAACUUGAACUCAUUCGAACUUACUACGAACUGGGGUUGUUACUAGGACGCAUAGUGGUACAGAUGGGUUAAAGUGCUAGAUUGUAAGGAAAUUUCAAGUUUACGUCUAAAAUGGCGAGUUUUAACACUUUUCACUAUUUAUGCUAUGAAACAAACAACUA